AUGGCGGCUCCACCGAGGCACUCGACGAUGAUGUCCAUCAGUAACUCAGGAACGCCUCAAUCAACCGGAUCAGGCGAUAAACCCGCAGUUUCGCAGCCGCCGUCAUCACCCCAACCAACAACUGGCCUUCGAGUGCCUUCAAACCGCAAGACCAUCUAUGACCGUCACCUCAAUCGCAACCGAACGGCCGAGCUCAGCAGAGCGAGCUUUGCGUAUCUCUUCGCCGAGAUGGUCACAUAUGCCCAACGGCGAGUAACAGGCAUUCAAGACUUGGAGAAGCGAUUAAACGAACAGGGAUACCCCCUCGGCCUGCGCCUCCUCGAUCUCCUCUUCUAUCGCUCUACAUCAACCUCCUCCUCAGCCCUCUCCAGCUCAUCCACUUCUUCGUCUCCACCCAACCGCCCCCUCCGUAUCAUCACCCUCCUCCAUCUAAUCCACGGCCCACUCUGGCGGCUGCUGUUCGGCCGCUCCGCAGACGCUCUCGAGCACUCUGUGUCUCCAGACACUCCCAAUGAAUACAUGAUCACCGAUAAUGACCCCUUGGUAAACACCUAUGUCAGCGUCCCGCGCGAGAUGAGCAUGCUUAAUUGCGCCGCCUUCGUCGCCGGUAUUAUUGAGGGCGUCUGCGACGGUUGCGGUUUCGAGGCCAAGGUUUCGGCGCAUAACCAACCCACUGAGAUGUGGCCCAGCCGGACCGUCUUUCUCCUACGCUUUGGGGACAGCGUUAUGGAGAGGGAAAAGGUGCUGGAGCGAGCGGGCAUUAAAUAA